ACCUCAUUAUUCUCUCCACUGUACAGCUACCAUCAGCGAAAGUAACGAUUUGAGUGGACUUAAAGCACCAGCCAUAGCUGCAGUGACUCGUCUCCAUCGGCUUAAAAUCCACUGUCCACCCGCUGUCCACGAGGUCAAGCUAGAAUAUUCUAUUCGCCCAUCAUCACUAUGGCUUCAAAAUCUGAGCCCAAAUCAUCGCAUAGUACUUCGGCCCCUUUCCGGCUCAUGGACCUGCCGCUGGAGCUUCGAGACAUCAUAUACGCAGCCAUUCUUUGUCCCAGAUUACCUCGAAAGGAAACGUUUGGCACAUUCCUGCAUGGAUCUCUAAGCCCGCCCGGCUCAACGACUAUAAUUCCCCUGGGGCAAGCCGCGGUCAGCCAUAAGAUCGAGACCCAGAUCCUCCGCGUCAGCAAAACGGUACACAAAGAGGCGAAAGCCGUCAUGCUCCGAACGAAUCGCUUUGUGAGGGUGACAUCUCGUGGAGUUCUACUAACCCGGAUUGUCCUCGACAGACAGCUUCUCAUCUGGACGGGUCGCGGAAACGAGCUGCGGUUCAAUGGCUACAUGAUGCACCAUGUCAUUCAGCGUACGUGUGACAGAGGAUUCCCUCAGCCACCUUUUUUUGAUUUCAUCCUCCUCGCGUCCGACCUGGAUAUCUUUCUGCGAGGGCUUACCAGAUCGCAUUUUGUGGAGAGCCCCUGCUUUUCCGACCUCUGCGAGGCUGACCAAGUUCUCAACCUGAUUCCAUUCCCAGAGGAAGACUCGCCGUCGAUCGGGCUGUAUGAGUCACUUCUUCGUCCAUACCGCACCCACUUGUGCGGCUUCCCUCGAUUUACGCUUGAGUGCCAUGCUACGCUCGGCCAAGGGAUCACCGUUGAAGUCGCAAACAACAUUUGGGACGAGGAACAGCGUGUUGUUGCCGAGCUACGGUACCUGGAACAGGUCUCAGACGCGUAUCAUCAUGCUGGCGCCUGGACUCAGAGCUCCCCAAUAUGGGUAGCGCUUAAGGAGAAGCUUUCUUCGAUACAUAUCCGCGAGUUUUGGCUCGCUAAUCUGAGGGAGCAUGAACACCAUUCUUGGCCCACAUACACCGCAGAAACAGGCUUCUUGGAGCAAGCAAUCCAACUCGGGAACAUACUAGGAUCCAUUCUCGCCGUGUCGCGGCUUUCCGAUUUGCGGGAAUAUGACUUGGAAGCCCUAGGCGCUGGUUUGGCUGCUCACACGACUAAAGUCCUGAGCACUGAACGUACCCAUCUUCACUACUAUUAUCCGUGUGGUUUCUUCGGGAACUGUCAACACCGUGUGACAGUAUUUCGUGCCACUGGGUUAGAUUUUAAAAUUCUGGGACGGUCGACCACUAGUGAUGCUGAAGUCAGCACUUACUUCUCGGAAGAGGUCCAAGACCUUGAGGGCACGCACACAUUCUGA